CAAACGUCUGUGUGACAAAGAAAGAGAUAGAGGGAUAGACAGGGAAAGAGAGAGAUAGAAGGAUAGAUAGACAGAUAGAUAAAAAAAAGGACAAAAUUGUAGAUUCAUAGGCCAAAUAUAUGUUUUUUAGUUAUCUUUUUCCAUAUUGAAUCAAACGGCCAUAAGACCAUUGAAGAGUUUAGGCUAAAAGUUCUCAGCAUAUCCGGAAAUCCUCAAAUCUAAUACGGAUUUUUCUUCCAGAAUAUGCCUUCCCUAAGUGAUAUUGAAUUAAACAAAGAAUAUCUUCGGACUAAACCCGCAAUAUUGAAAUUAGCUGAAGUGUUUAUAUCACUUUGCUGUUUUAUUUCGGCAGUUGUUAAAUAUGCCUUAUGGAAUGAAUUUGGUACUGGAGCAUCAUUUGUAGCGUUUGCUUCAUUCCUUAGCUUCGUUGGUAGUGUUGCCCUGUUCCUAUUGAAUUUAUUUGGAGCUAUUGCAGUUAUACGUAGAAAAUUUGCCUUUUAUACUGUUCUAUGCGAACUUGGAUACUAUGUCGUUCUACUUAUAUUUGUGUUUGUGGCAGCCAUUUUAAGUUCCAAAAAUGCCAAACUGCAUUCAGCUAUUGGAGCGGCUACUUUCUUUUCGUGGGUUCUGUUUGUUCUAGUUGCGGCUCAAUUAGCAUUUCAAGCAAUCCUCUUUAAAGGUAUUUAUAAAGAUUUAUUCAUUCUUUCGCAACAAGUCACUAUAAUUUUUCCUUUCAAACUUUUACGUAACACUCAAGAUCUUGACAAUUCAAGAUAGUUAAUCUGUUUUUUUUUUGUUCUAAUCAAAUCGCUAGAUCCGUUCUAAUGUUCAAAAAGUAUUCAUUACUCAUUUAAAAAAAAUAUUCAUUCAAUCAAUCAGCUAUCUACGAAGAAAGAAAGAAAAAACCGACCGGUGACGGUGAGGCGAACAAUGAAAAUAGGGAAGACGCUAAAAAAUUAAAACCUUCUUCAAAUCAAACGUCUUCCGCCAAUACCCAAAUGUCAGCUGGUGAAAGUACAUCAGUGCCUUUGGAAGCGGUUCCUGAAAAACCGAAAGAAGAGAGGGUUAUACAAUAUAGCGUUGCGGACAAUUUGGAUGUAGGGGGAGACGGAAAUUGGGAAGUCUUAUAAGUCAAAGUUGUUUACAAUAAUCAAAAGUAAUAUUAGAUAUCUUUUUCUCUUCCAACCUCUUUGCCUUCCCAACGAAAAAAGAACUGAAAAAGAUUCCUUGAUUAUUUCCUCCCUCGAUAGCCAUUCUUCGCUCCCCCUCUAACUUUUCUGCAAGCAGGAGGAAGUCGACUAAUAUAUAUAUCUAUGUCUAUAUAUAUAUAUAUAUAUAUAUAUAU